UGUACUCCUCACGCAGCAAAUCCUCUCGACACUCUCCUCUGUCCUCUGUACUCCUCACGCAGCAAAUCCUCUCGACACUCUCCUCUGUCCUCCCCCGCUCAAUUGACGGCUUGAAGUUUCAAUUUAAGAGGAAAAAUAAUAAAAAACAAGAUGGGAAUAAGAUUCGUGCUAAUGGUGAACAAGCAAGGUCAGACCCGUCUUGCACAGUACUAUGAAUACCUAAAUCUCGAAGAACGGCGAGCUUUGGAAGGUGAAAUUGUCCGCAAAUGCCUAGCCCGUAAUGAGCAGCAGUGUUCGUUUGUUGAGCAUCGGAAUUACAAAGUGAUCUACAGGCGAUAUGCAUCACUGUUUUUCUUGGUUGGAGUCGACAAUGAAGAAAAUGAGCUUGCAAUUCUGGAAUUUAUUCACCUACUGGUUGAGACUAUGGAUCGCCAUUUCGGAAAUGUGUGUGAGCUGGACAUAAUGUUUCAUCUAGAGAAAGCACACUUUAUGCUGGAGGAAAUGGUAAUGAAUGGUUGUAUUGUUGAGACCAGCAAGUCCAAUAUCCUCUCUCCAAUCCAGCUAAUGGACAAAGCAUCAUAGGAAGGACGUUUAAGUUUCAUAAACUUACAAUGCACAUUAGACUUUGGUUUGUGCGUGUAUCCUGUAUUCUUCAAUUUAAACCAUUUCCACCAAAAUGAGAUACUUCUCUCAUUUGUAUGGUGCACUUGGAAGAUGCAUUAUUAAUAUUUUCUUGGUANUUUAAAUAAAUUGUUUU